CAUGUGUUGAAUUCCCUCACAUCAGCACCAGUCGUACUAGUCCGGCCAUCCAUUGAGCAUCCAGGGUAGAUCUUCUUUUCUUCAGCCUGAAAAGUUUCCCUGCAAUGUUCCCAACAAUUCCGAGAAGUGAAACGGUGACUCCCGGGUGAUGUAAUAUGCUUAGUCAUGGCUGGACACUCGAUCUCUAAACCGGUCCAACCCAACAACUGGAGAUUCCAGCUUUCCUCGCCUUAUCCCACUGCAAUAUGAGGCUUUUCGAUCAAUGACUACACCUUCGAUCCGGAUCCCCUUUACCGGGCCCCUGCCUCCUCCUAUCAUUGUUCCUUCGUCAGCGCGCACAGUCGCGGGCGCCAUUGACGCCCUUCGAUCGUUUCUAACAGCACCACCGUCCCCCUACCUGCGCGGCGUGGAUGUGGGCCGACAUGCGCAGACCGUGCUCUUGACGGGUGCGGGCAUAUCGGUCGCAUCGGGCUUAUCGGACUACCGCGGCGAUAAUGGCACAUAUAGAACCAAUAAAGCAUAUAGACCGGUCUAUCAUCACGAAUUCCUCACACGCCAUGAGUCCCGCAAACGAUACUGGGCUCGCAGCUUCAUCGGAUGGCCGGGCCUCUUGAAGUCAAAGCCGAAUUCGACACACUUGUCCAUCCGUGAUCUCGGCGCCAAGGGCUAUAUCAGUUCGGUGGUCACGCAAAACGUGGACUCCUUCCAUUCCCUCGCGCAUCCCGAUUUGCCCACUCUAGAGCUGCAUGGCUAUUUAAGAUCAGUGGUUUGCGUCAACUGUCGGAACCAGGUCCCUCGGGAAGAUUUCCAGAAAUCGCUCGAAAGACUUAAUCCAGCUUGGGCUGAGUUUCUGGCGAAGAUGACUGAGAUUGGCGCUUUGGAUACCAAUAACCGUGAAGAACAACGGCGGAGGGGACUGAAAAUCAAUCCCGAUGGUGAUGUCGAUUUACCAGAGGCGCCCUACUCGACAUUCAGAUAUCCUUCUUGCCCUACCUGCUUAGAGAAGCCGCCCCGUGGUCAGGACGGCAACCUGGCAAGGGUGGAUGUGGAACAGGAUGGAGCCUGGCUUCCCUCAUCCACUGCCGGUAUUCUCAAACCCGGGGUCAUCAUGUUUGGGGAGAACAUUGAUCCUGCAGUCAAAGAGGCGGCCGAAGAGGCGAUCGAUGAUGCGGGGCGACUGCUGGUCUUGGGAAGCAGUCUUGCCACGUAUUCAGCUUGGCGGUUAGUGGAACGGGCUUAUAAACGAGGCAUGCCCAUUGGAAUUAUCAAUCUUGGAGGCGUCAGGAACGAAGCGAUUCUCUUUGGAGGGGAUCGUGACACUGUGUCGCGGUACAUUCGGUGCAGUCUACCCUCAGAGUCUGUCCUAGGCCCGGUAGCUGCUGAACUUCCUCCCCUUGAUCAUUAAAAGCUUUGUAUAUAAUAGUCUAAGUGAACGAAGUGGACAGACAGACAGACAGACACACAGACACAGACACAUAUACA